UUCUUCGAGAAGUAAAAAACCACGACUUCCGCGAAACCUAAGAAGACCAGCGCUCCAAGUUUGUAGAAAACUGCAAGGAAAAAUAAGAAAAAAAGAGGAGCAAGUCUGAUGAUCAGCGAUUGAAGAAUGAAGACCCACUAAGAAUGAAGAAACACUACCAACACCUACCAUCGACUACUCUCAACUACCAUCAACUGCCAGCAAACGUACACCACCCCAAACGGGAAGAUGCCUCCUCCAAGGCAGACUAAGCACCUCACCUUCACCAGUAUGAAGACCAACUGCCACACCACAAGUCCCCUGCCACGGAAGAAGAACACCAUAACGACAAGCUCCACUCCGAGAUUAAAAAAAUACAAAACUGUAAGAGACAACUAAAGGCAACAUGGCGUCCAACCCGUGGUCUGAGGAACAGGGUCAUAGUGGAAGGGAAGGGAAGGGAAAUAUCAGGACAAAACGCCAACCCAUGCCUGAGGUAGAGACCGAGGAUUUUAUUAACCUUCUGAGGAAAGUUGAACGGAACAUCAUCGUAAGGGAAGACAUUAAUAUCAUCGCAUCACAAAUGAAAACAAAUGGGUACAAGAGAGACGCUAGUUUAUACUACAGUAAAUUUCAGGAAAUGAAAAGAAAUCACCCAAAUCCUGACGUGUGUAAAGCUAUAAAUGACAUUGUUGCCAAAGAAAGAGCAUACAAGGAGAGAACAACGAGGCUUGAUUUAGACAGUGAUGAUGAUGAUCAUGGUUCAGGUGAUGUCAACGACCAAGAAGCAGAUGAAAUCAAGAACAUCUUCCCUUCGACCUCGGCAUUUAAUACGCCCUGCUCACCUGUACCAGAAAACUACUUGGUUAUAAAUUUGGAGGAAGGAAAUCAACCUGUUAACACGGCCAAGAAGCAAAAGAUUGAAACUUCUCCGCAAAGCUCCUUCGGACAAAAUCCUCAAGGAACAAAUUCACCUGGGGCAAGGACUUCAACGAAUCUAAAACGGCGUUCAGGUCAAAAGUCAAAAAUCUCCUCGGACAAAAGUGACGUGAUAUUAGAGAAACUUCUCGAGGAGAAAAACUGGGAUAAAAUAAAAAUGUUUUUGGAGAUAUGUCCAAGUCUGAGCCAACACUGGGUGACGAUCAUUGGUAAUCUUGCUCUCGAUGAAGGACAAAUGGAUGUCGUGAAAAUCUGCUUCUUGAAGAUGGGAGAAGGUGAAAGCUUGGAUGAACCUCACAAUCAAGAAUAGGAUACUCUACAGUCAGGAGUUAAUAUUCUUAUGUCAAUCAUAUUUUGUCUUUGUAUGUUUGUGGAUCAGUAGAGUUGAUCUUUAAGUACGUUGUGGUAAAGUGACGGUUAGUCUUGCUAAACUCUGGUGUUCCGGCAGAUACAUGUUCAGUCUUAUUAAAACUAUAAUAUAAAUGUGGAUUACAUGUGGUGACUUCUAAACAAAAAAAUAUAAAUAGUCAACAUAAAGAGUAGAGAAACGCAUUAUAAUACAAUACAUAAUAACAAAUUUCUUUAUUUCAUUAGCAAAUGCAACAUUGUAGGAAGACAGAUUAAUGAUAAUCUUGUACGACAUUGAAAUUGUAUCACAUCCGUUAGUAAAUGAAUGUAAAUUUUGUAUAGUUAAUAACGAGUACUAUCUUAAUGUAUUUCAAUAUUGAUUUGUCAGAUAUAUAAUGACGCCAAAUAAAGUCUACAUAAUAAAGCUGGGCAGAUAGUUUCAUAGUUUAAAAAGAUUACAGUAAUAAGAUGGCUAAUCUUCAUAAACUCAGAAAUAUAUCCGUGAUCAACAGAAACUUGAAAUUGUUUACAUUUAGACGUUCUCAUUGUAUUGUGAUAUAAAGUGCAGUUCGAGUCUAGGUUUGAGCAGCGAAAGUGUUGUAAUAUUUCAAUAACUGGAAGGCCGUUAGUUCAUGUAUAUGACAACCCUUAAUAUUGUGGAACAGUUUGAGCAGCUUGGAGGAGACGAACGAGGUGCUACGUUCAAUAUAAAUCUCGGGUGGUGCUGAGCAUUUACACGUAUUAUAUAUGAUUGGCGAACAUAUUAGGAAACUUAGACACAUGUGAAUAACUAAAUUCUAUCAGGAAAUUUAAGCAGUUGGUGCUGGCCAUAAAGGUUUUUAAUGUAAUCCUCUCUCUUGAAUGAUAGAACUUUUUUUUUUUAAUAUAGUUUCUGUAAUCUCAAGUUUUCGUACGUCAGAAGUAUCGACCUCGGAAUUUUAGAGUUGAACAUGAUACAAUUGUGCAGGUGUCUACAAAUCCAAACACAUUUUUGAAUAUAUAUAUGUGUAUGCCUGUAAGAUAGUCAUAUGAGACUUUCACUUCAUUUGUUCGCCAAGAACUACUCUGAGGAGACUGGUGAGGACACACUAGUUAUUGCUUUCCUACUAAUUGCUAAUUAACGCAAUUGUUCGAUUGUUAUGGAAAUUGUUCGCUCAUCUGUGACAAAUAUAUGGACAAGAGGAAAAUUCUAGUGCUAAGAGAUGAAACUAGUGUCUUAGGGAUAAUGUCGUAAUCUUCAAUGAUAUUGAAGAGUCACAUAUUAAACCUUGAAAACAUGGCAGCCAAGAAAAGUACAGGACUAAGAAGAACUUAAAUUCUUUCGACAGCUGGGGUUGUAAAACCUUGAAUAAGACACAUACUCAUUUCCAUCUUGGGUAUGUACUAAUCUCUUGGAUGGCCUUUCCUCCAUCAUUUAAUUAUUUACCCACAUUCUGGACAGGGUAAAGAACGAUGUUGGAGUUCUUACUGUUAUGUAAAAGGUAAAUCUUCUAAUGAUUCUUGACUAGACAACGAUUCUUGACCAUGAUUCGUCGGUGACGAUGAGAAAUUGGCAGUUACAACACAAGGUGCUCAACCACUAACAUCUUUAUGAUCACAAAGAUAUUCACUACAAAAUCACUCCGUUACCGAUCAUCCAUUGUUAUGCUGACUUAGUAAUGUAACAGCAAAUAAAGAAUAUUCCUAAUAUAAACAGAUAACAUGAUAAAAUAAAUGAGUACUAAUAUCAGGCUGCAGAUAAAAGAGCCCGUCGUACAGUUUCAACAAGAACAACAUUUACAUUCCCAAUAAACCCAAGAGAUGAGAGUGGGCGGGAGGCCCAAGGUGAGUAAGUGUACUCACUUGGUGAGUGAGUGAGUGAGUAUAUACGGCGAGUGUACUUUUGCUUACGUGUAAUUUAGAAUCUUUAGAAUUUAGAAUUUAGAAUUUUAAUUUAGAAAUUUAAUCAAUUUAGACAUUCUCUUAUGGGGGUUUAAAUCCAGCGGCGACAAAUGGGAGGUCAUUAGAAACAAUGGUCUUCCCUGAACCUGUGGAAGAAAUGGGGAUGAGUAAGCUGGUGUCUACUGAACUGUAUAUUACAAAUUAGAUGAACGGUUAUCAUGAGGUUAUCUUGAGAUGAUUUCGGGGCUUAGCGUCCCUGUGACCCGAUCCUCGACCAGGCCUCCUUUUUGUUACACACCCCCAGGAAGCCGCCUGUAGCAGCUGUCUAACUCCCAGCAGGUACCUAUUUAUUGCUAGGUGAACAUAUGCAUCAGGUGAAAGAAACUCUGCCCAUUUGUUUCCGCUUCUGAAAGAGUUCGAGCCCAGAAACCUUGGGACUACGAAUCCCGAGCGCUUUCCACUCAGCCGUCAGGCCCCCUGACGGUUAGGAGUGAGAAUCUCUUAAAAAUAACUAAUACGGGAAUGAUCAGAGUAAUGAGCACUUGCAGUAAAUUGAUACUGAUGUAAUACCUAAUGUUCGGUUUUAUUUUCAUCCUCCAGUUGCUUUACGUGAGUCAGAUUGCGUUAUGGAUCAACAAGAAGAAUCAUGCACGGAAAUGAUUCAUGAGGUUAAAGCAGAACAUACCUACAUAUAUAUACACAGAUACUGGCUGCUAAAUUCUCCUCACUACGAGCAGAUGGCUCUCGUUGAGGAAGAUCAUUCAUUUAUUAAUUGCAUCAUCAUCAUAAUAACGCAAGUGCUCUUUGGUGAAUGGCAAUUGACGACUUGCCAGGCACAGCUUGGGGGAUCCUCGUGCUUUAGCGAGCACAGUCGAUGACAAGACGCCGGGUAGUCAGGAUGCUGCUAGAGCCGGGUCAGAUGUUAGGAAACUGGAGAAUGACAGAGGAAUGAGAGAUAAGGGAUAUAAGUGAUGAAUGUGGUGUUGAGGCAGAGUCGGAAAUGAACUACCACCUCUCGUUGAAGUAAGACCAAGUUCUUACCCAAACUCAGCAUCAGCGGGUACCAUAUUGAUAGUGAAUUGACACAGCAAUACACAGCCAAUAUGUUUACCCAGAAUAAGAUGAGACCAUACUAUUCUCUGCACCACAUGGAUAUCCAACAUUGUGAGCACACAGCUACACUAAUGUUGAGGUCAUUGUGAGCACACAACUACACUAAUGUUGAGGUUAUUGUGAGCACACAACUACACUAAUGUUGAGGUUAUUGUGAGCACACAACUACACUAAUGUUGAGGUUAUUGUGAGCACACAACUACACUAAUGUUGAGGUCAUUGUGAGCACACAGCUGCACUAGUAUUGAGGUGCAACAGGAAAAAAAAUCCAUUUAGAACUCGUUUCCCACAAGUUUGGUAUAGUGGCAUUAGAACAGAGAGAGAGUACAGAGGAACUGAAAAUAUUAUUUUUCCAAACAUAUGUGAUGUUUGUAAAAUGAGGUGAUUGUUCACAAUACAAGGCCAUCAUUGGUGAGUUUGAUGAAUGGUUAAUAAACAGAUAAGUGAAAGUUUAGAGAAGAAAUUAAAACUUCACAGAUUUUAUCUAAGACACCUCCCUUCUGUUUAUAUAAUAUAAAUAUCUUGCUAAAAUAGAUCUUCGAGAGGAAAUACAAGCAUUAAACCUGCCUAGUAAUGCAAACUUUUGUUCAAAUGUUUCUCCAAAAGUACUACGCUGUUGUACUACUUUGCAACUGUAGUACAACAUAAUACGGGGGAAAAGUGCUCAAAGUGCAUAAACAAAUUUCAUUCCAAGUCCUUAUGUGUAACUUUUCAUCAUAAAUCAGGAAAAUAACCCACACUACGAACGUCACGUUCCCGUUCCUUUGGCCUCCCAAUAAGCACCAUAAUUGUAGAGGAGUUAUGUACAUGGUAAAUGAUUAUAACUGGUACGGCUAUUACCGUAUUCAGUGUAGUUCUUCUUUUCUCUUUUAUUAAAUUAUUAUAAUAAAUCUAUGAAACGUGUGCUGCUUCCUUGGGAUGUAGGAAUAGAAUGAUGACGUCAUAUUUUAUGAAUAAUUAAAUCAAAACAUAAUGUAACAUUAAACUCUGACCAAGAAAUAUGCAUCAAAGCAAUGAUGUGUUGCACUACAGUGUUGUCAUGUCUCAACAUUAGUCAAGGAACAGCACAUGUUGUAAUAUAAUACACUUUGUGUACUAUUAUGUUUAUAUUAUUUUGAUUGAAAUGUUUAAGAUAAUAUUGAUUGAAAUGUUUUAGAUAAUGUUGAUUGAAAUGUUUAAGAUAAUAUUGAUUGAAAUGCUUAAGAUAAUAUUGAUUGAAAUGUUUAGGAUAACAUUGACUGAAAUGCUUAAGAAAAUAUUGAUUGAAAUGUUGAUUGAUAAUGUUGAUUGAAAUGUUGAUUGAUAAUGUUGAUUGAAAUGUUUAAGAUAAUAUUGAUUGAAAUGUUUACGAUAAUAUUGAUUGAAAUGUUUAAGAUAAUAUUGAUUGAAAUGUAUAAGAUAAUAUUAAUUUUAACUGUAAUAAAGUUGUAGUUUUAUUGAGAGCUCGAAUAUGAGAGAGUUUUGAGUAACUUUUUUCUCAAGCACUGUUGUUGAGGUCAGAGGCUGAGGGUCUCUCCUCCCACGUGGAGGACGACGCGCUGAGCACAGAGCUGUGGAGAAGUUACACAGCAGAGAGAGCUGAUGAGAAGUUACACAGCAGGAAGAGCUGAUGAGAAGUUACACAGCAGAGAGAGCUGAAGAGAAGUUACACAGCAGAGAGAGCUGAAGAGAAGUUACACAGCAGAGAGCUUGUGGAGAAGUUACCCAGCAGAGAGCUGUGGAGAAGUUACACAGCAGAGAGCUGUGGAGAAGUUACCCAGCAGGGAGAGCUGAUGAGAAGCUACACAGUAGAGAGCUUGUGGAGAGUUACACAACAGAGAGCUGUGGACGACAUAUAGAGUAGAGAACUUACAGAGGAGUUACUGAACACACAAUUUGUGGAAGAGGUUUAGAAUAGAGAGUUUCGGGUGGAGGAUUAGAGAAGAGUUUGAAUGACUUGCUGUAGUAGAGUUAGUGAUUAUUUACUUUAUUUUCAUUUAAUUCCCAUAUGCACAAUAAAUUUAAAGCUUGC